CGAGGCAUUUUUCUAGGAAACAUUGUUGAGGAUUGAAGACACGUCUGUUGUAGGCCGUAUUUUCCGAAACAAAGCAGCCUGGUGUGUUUUGGUUUGACGGGAACAAGUGCUUACAUACCUCAAGUCUGUCCACCUGAGGCCAAUCCGUACUCCGCCGCAUUGUUAGUCACCAACUUAAGAGGCGAAGCCUGACGCUUGCGCCUUGACGUCUUUGCUAGGUAGUCGCAUUUCUGUCCUUUUGUAAAUAUCUGCUGAAGUGUCUUUUGGAGGGAAGAGGUGGUCCUUGUGUCUUUUAUUGCUUCCUGAGACUCCAAGUAGUUGGCCGACCCAGUAUCAAGCAGCCAUUGCCGUUCGACAAACAGCACCAACAACAGCAAAUCACCACAACAACCAUAAGGCAUCAACACCCACCGAUAUCAAACACCACAACCAAACUACCUAAAGCGUCACAAAGGUCUACUAUCAAAGAACACAAUUUCACCUAUCGAGUACAAAAAUCCGACACAAUGCCAAUCUCAAACCUCAUCCCCGCGGCCCUCAAGCCCAAACCCGCCAAACGCGCCGCUCCUAAACCCCAGCAAACAUCCUACACGUCCAACGAAGUCCCCAUCCCUUCCGACUUCCUCUCCGUGCCCCUCCCGGCCUCCGCGCCCGCCGUAACCCUCCAAAAACUAGACUGGUCCAAGACCGCCCUCCCCGAAAACGGGCCCUUGUAUGCCGUCGUCCUAGACAACGUCCUCACGCCGGACGAAUGCGCCCAGCUCCUCCGCAUGGCCGAGGCCUCUGCCACAGACCGCGGCCCGGACCCGGACAAGGACGAGCCGUGGCGGCCGGCGAUGGUUAACAUGGGUCCCGGGUGGGAGAUACUGGAGCCCGAGUACCGGAAUAGCGAUCGGAUUAUCUGGGACCAGCAGGAGGUUGUCGAUCGGUUGUGGGGCCGAUGUAGGCUUGCGCCGGGGUUGGAAGCUCAGUUGGCUGGGUUGGAGGGGGUGAGGAGGCCGGAGAAGGGGUUUGAGACGAGGUGGGUGUUUAAGAGGUUUAACAAGCGGAUGAGGUUUUUGAAGUAUCAAAAGGGGCAGUUUUUUAGACCGCACUGCGAUGGGCCGUAUGGCGAAGAAGCGGAGGAUGGAACUGUGUUUCGGACGCAUUAUACCGUUCAUCUAUACCUCAAUGACUCUGUCGCUGAGGCGGGUAAGGAUAACGGUGCCGAUUUGGUUGGCGGCGCGACGUCGUUCUUGUCCGGGGAUGAGAAGAGGAAGGUUGAUGUUGAUCCCAAGGCGGGGCGGGUACUCAUCUUCCAGCAUAGCCGGCUUUAUCACUCUGGUGAUGAUGUCGUCGAGGGUACAAAGUAUACGAUGAGGACGGAUAUUUUAUAUGAGUUGAUCAAGGCGAAGAUUGAGGAUGAGACAGAGGGAGGUGAGACUGCGGCGGCUUGAGAGUCGUCAUCUUCUCUGUAUGCUCGAGGGAAUUCAAAGGCAACUAUGGGACUUUGAGCUGGACUUGUCUCGAGGAGUGAUGUACAAGUAGUUAGCAAUACUAAUGGCG